AUGAAGCUAAACGAAAAGUGAGUAAUAAAUAAAAGACAAGAUCGCGUCUGAAUAAAUAUAUGUAUUCCGCACUUAUCACUGACGUUUGCAGUCGUAAGGUAAUACAUUCAAUGCUUUUUGGGCAACAAUAGAUUAUUGCUUUCAAUGAGGGUGUGUGACGCCAAAAAAUCUGGUCUUGAAAUUCUGUCUAAAAUUAUUAGAAAAUCAGAAGAAGUUUCGUUGAAUUUGUCCUUAUUAAUAAAAUUUGUAAUUGUUUACUUUUUACGCAAUAAUGUCAUAAUGUGUACUUGUAAUAAUGAUAUGAGAUUCUACAAAACCCAUGAAAUCUCGUUCACCCUUUUCAAGUGAUACACCAAUCUGCGUCUUUCAAAACUGAUUUGAUAAAAGUACAUGGUAUUUUAAUACAUUUCAGAGAAACAAAGCAGGCUGGGAAGAAGUUCGUAAUUCUUCAAAACACGAAAAUAAAAGCCACAAAAAGAAAAAGAAACCAAGAGGUCCAUCUCGAGUUAGCUGAAGGAGAAGUUUGUUGUGUACUUAAAACUCUCGACGUAGACAAAGCCACUGGUCCUGACAAAAUCCCGGCGGUAUUGCUAAAAACCUGCGCAGCUAACAUCAGUCCAUCUUUAUGCGAACUUUUCAACAAGAGUUUAUCUUGUGGAAAACUGCCGUUGGAGUGGAAGUUGUCUAAUAUCAGUCUAAUUCCAAAGAAAAAAAGUCCUUUCCAUGAAGUCUGCAACUAUAGACCAAUAUCACUUUUGUCGCUGGUCCCCAAAGUGUUUGAACGUUGCAUCUACAAUCGAAUUAUUGGCCACCUCUCAAGUCAACUUUAUGAUCUUCAAUACGGUUUUCAAAGCGGCAAGUCUACAACUGCCCAGAUGCUUUAUGUUCUUCACGAGAUUCAUAAUGUCUUAGAGAAAAGGGGCCAAGUUGACACUAUCUAUCUUGAUUUCGCGAAAGCUUUCGACAAAGUCAGCCAUGAUCUCUUACUCGUGAAGCUUCACAAUUUUGGCAUCAGAGGAAAUCUUCUUCGCUGGUUCGGGGACUAUCUUUCUGGGCGAUUACAGAGAGUCACUGUUCUUGGUGUAACAUCUGAACCACUUCCAGUGCUUUCUGGAGUUCCUCAGGGAUCAAUCCUUGGACCACUCCUUUUCCUCAUCUACGUGAACGACCUUCCUAUGUCUACCUCGCACGAUACUACCGUGUCAAUGUUCGCUGAUGACACUAAAUGUCACCGUCAUCUUCGAAAUUUCCAAGACACCAUAAUUCUGCAGCAAGAUCUGGAUAGUGUUGCCAACUGGUGUAAUGACUGGAGGAUGGACUUAAACCAAACCAAGUGUGUAGUCAUGCAUUUCUCAAGAAUUGCUCAACCGAUGAUCACACAGUAUAUACACAAUAUCAGACACUCCAGUCCUACAAUCAUCCAGUCAGAAAGAUCUUGGCAUAACUACCACUAACGACCUUAAAUGGAACAAACAGGUGCAAGAGAUAUCGACCAAAGCAAAUAAAAUGUUAGGUUUCGUAAAGCGAACGGCGUUCGACAUUCGCCAGCGUAGAGUUUGUAAGGUACUUUAUUUGACUAUGGUUCGUAGUCAGCUGGCUUAUGGUAGUCAGGUAUGGGCACCCCAGACGGUAAACAACAUCCUGACUGUUGAACGUGUGCAGCGACGUGCCACCAAAUUUAUUUUGUCAUUGCCGUACCAAACCGAUAUAUCAUACCAGGAAAGACUGACCACCAUCGGCAUCAUCCCUAUAUGUUACUGGCACGAGUAUUUAGAUCUAGUGUAUCUCUACAAGUGCAUCAUUUCCAACUCUGACAGUAACAUUUCUAUCAAAAUUCCUACUCGAGAAACACGAAGCACUAAUGCAACCAAUGGUAUCUUACUUGAAGUAGCCAAGUGCAAGACAGUGAGCUACCAAAACAGCUUCUACGUCAGAGUUGCCAACGUGUGGAAUACACUCCCCUGUUUGAUCAGAGAAACCAACAAAACCUUGGUCUCUUUCAAAUUUUGUUUAAUGCAACAUUAUAAGUAUCUCACCAAGGAAAUUUAUAAACCUGAGGAUCCGAGAACAUUUAAGUCUGUUUGUGUGAAGUGUCAUUCAACUUGCCCAUUGACUAACUUGUCGAAUCGAGCAUGUUGUUAAAUUUAUUGUCACAUAAAUUGUAAGUCGUUGAUUGUAAUUUGUUGUGCUUGUUUGUUGAUCUUCACGUCUGUCUGUUUGUUUGUUUGUCGGUCUGCAAGCCUGUUAUUGUUCAUACUGUGUAUUUCGAAUGUCUUGGAACCCCGUUAUUGGAGAACUAAUCUCUGUGUGGUAAUUCCACCCAUGUAAUCUAUUGUGUGUAAUAGUUUGUGUUAACUAAUUUUGUGUAAUAGUUUGUGUUAAAUGGCAAAAUCUGUAAAAUAAAAUAAAAUGAAAUUCAAAAUGAAACAGAUAGCAACUGUUCAAUAUAUACUUUAUAUACGAAAUUGUCUAAUCCAAAUCUGAUCCGACUUUUGGUUUUAAAUAUUAAACCUAAUAAUAAUUAUUAAUAAAUCUGGUAUUUCCAAGCACCAAUGUAUUUUUCUGUUUAUUAUAUAAAGGACAGUCUUUGAAAAGCGAUAAUUUUCACAGAAAAGCAGUAAUUGAAAAGCGAUAAUUUUCACAUGUGAAAUUAUCAUAAAUAGUCUCACAUGUGAGAUUAUCAGUGCUCGAAAUCUCUAUAAAGCACUAUACUGGUACUUUAUAUAAUAAUUUUAAAAAUAUAAUUAAUUCACUUUAUUUCGAAUAUCGAAGUCCAAUCCGACUAUGAAACAACUUUAUCAAUCCGAUCCAAUCCGAAAUUAAUAUUCGGAUUGGAUUUGCACACCUCUAAUAUAAACCAGUAAUGUUGUAUAAACGAGUCACCUACAGGUCGAGUCACAAGCUGAGUUGAGUUAUAUGAGUCGAGUCAUUUAACUUUCUGAUUGAGUUGAGUCAAUGGUUGCCACUCGAGUCAAGUCAAGUCAAUGGUUAAACUUCACAGUUCUAGCCAAUAUUAAUUAUGGCCAUGUGAGAUGUCUCAUCAUGCCUGUUGGUCGAACGGAAAUACAACUAACAUAACUUGCAACUGGAGUCUGGAUUAGACAAAGAAUGGACUUUAAGUCAAUUUAAGUUGAUAUAGCACUUCGUAAAUACCAGAAAUUAAAAGAGUCGGUCAAAUUAGUAAGUACAAUUAUUUUAAAAACUGUAUGUGGGACUAGCGUUGUUUCUAAAUACAGAAAAUGGACUUGCCAUGUCCAUCAGGGAUUCCAUGCAAAUCCCCUGCAGUUUUCUGAUAAAGUUUUGAACUUCGUGUUUGUUCACCGUGGUGCUGGGGGGUGCUGCAGCCCCCCAAGAAUUUUCUAACAAUCAUUCUUUUUUCAAAAUCAUGCAGACCAAUUCAAAAUCAUGCAGGCUAUAUAACGCUGUUUUCUGACCAUCAGAAUUCUGUCGAAUCUUCCCCAAAGUCCAGGAAAUGGGUUUUCAGAUUUUCUAAAUUUAAAAAUCCCUCAGACUAUAAAGUAUCGCGCCUGUGGCGUUUGACUUGGGCCUUUGUCCCUUGUUUUCAACCUCCCCCAAUCGAAAAGAGCUUCCUACGGCACUGGUUAUCAGGGUCAUUAAUUGUUGUUCUUUCCAAGCAAUACAAUCAAAAUAAUGUUGAUUAAUUUAUUCUGUACAUAUUAUAGCUGAGUUGACUGACAAGUCAUUUACGGAGUUAUUUAUGUUCAAGUUAUUUAUGAGCAAGUCUGAGUCUAUAGUCAUUUGGGGCUGUUGACUUGAAUCGAGUCAUUUUUUGUAUUGGACUUGAGGAAUUCCUGAAAAUAGUCAAUGACUCGACUUGUUACAACACUGAAAUAAAGUCUUUCUUCUCCUUGCAUUUUAAAGUGUCACUGACCCCGAAUAUGAUGAAAUAUUUGUAUCAUUCUAAGAAGAAGUUUUGAAUAUUUGUAAUUCUUAGGAUUGGGUACAAUUGUGUGAUAAACUACAGUAUAAAAUUAUAUAGUCAUUGUGUUACUGUUUAUGCAGGGUGUUAGCCAGAAAAAAAAGUUUUGUCCGUUAAACGUAAAUUGGGAAAGUUUUUUUGACCGAUCAAAGUCCUUGUGUAGGAAUAAAUAGUGUUUUUUUCCAACGUGUUUCUCCUUAGAUGCAAACAACGGUAGCUUGGUUUUGUACAUUUCAUUUGCGGUGAAUGAACACUGAAAAAUGCACCCGAUGGCACUUCGUUUUGUAUAUUUCAUUUCCGGUGAAUGAACACCGAUGCACACCGAUUACACUUUGUUUUGUACAUUUCAUUUCAGUGAAUACACACCCAAUAUGAAUGAAACGCGAUAUAUUUUGAGGAAAUAGUUAAUGGGAAAAAGUAAAUAAAACGUUCUUUGAUAUAAUAUAAUAUAAUAUAAAAUCAACUUUCUCAUCAGAAAAAAUGAAAAUCUUCCAGUAAACCCAGUUGGGAAAGCCCCUUAGCUACUUCAAUUGGGAAGAGUCCGUCAAACGGACAGUAUAUGGGAUAGCUAACACCCUGUUAUGAGAUUGUCCUUUUUUGUUAAAACUGCUCUCAAUUACCAACAUUUUCGUAUAAGUAAGAUACAGUGAAAAUGUUGUGUCACUUUGGUGUCUCAGAAGGUUUAGCUAAACCAACAAUAAACUUAUAGAAUCAAUGUUUACUUGCAGGUUUAAUACAGACAGCAUGUCAACAAAAGGAAGAACCCGUGAAGAAAGUGAAACUUAUUUUUGGUACCAAGAAAAUGAGCUUGGGCGUGGUGCAACUGGUUAUGUUUAUAAAUGCCAACACAAAGUAAAUUGUUGAUAGUUACAUAGUUAAUUUUUUAAUUUAUUACCAUUGAUUAUUUAUUAACUAAGCCUCACUCUCAUGCAUGUAACCUGCAGGAUGCGAUAAUUCAAGAUUUUUAGUCGUCCUCAUGACUGGUACACCAAUGAAUAUUGCGCUGGUACAAACUCAGUUCUCAAUUCUCAAUGUAUAUAUACUUAGUCUUUAAAAUAAAGUGCAUAAAGUGUAGGUUUCUGAUUAUUCUGAAAAGUGUAGAAACAAAAGAAUCCAACACUCCCUUAGUGCCAUCAGUCCAAUCAUGUUUCAUACACAAUCAUGCAAUCAUGUCUCAUGAGUGAGUUUAGCAACGGCAACCCCAGAGUGAGUUUAGCAACGGCAACGCCGAAAUAAUAUGGCAUCACCUUCGGCCGUGUUCGCAGGUAUAAAGAAAAAUAUUAAUGAAAACAGCCACGAAAGGUUUUGAAACAUCUAAAUCUUCGGCUUGAGUUAAUAACACAAACUUUGGGCUUGAUAAUUGACCACUUGCGUAAUAGACUAAAUUUUGAUCUAGACAAAAAUUUCAUCACAGCUUGAAAGAGCAUCACAAAAUUAGUAAUAUUCCAAAGUUUCGUUGCGAAUUGUUGUAAAAUGCGGAUAAUAUAGCCUUGCGAAGUUUGCAAUUUUCAGUCAUUUUAGAUUACAAACGGGAAGUUGACAGCCCCAAACCCUUCCCGGCAAGGCGGGACAACUCGCUUUGCAUGUAAUCGAAAUGUCAAAAUAUUAGACAAUACAUAUAGGAAGCGGGUCAACUCGGCAAAGCGAGUCAACUUGCUUAGCCGGGACAACUCGCCUAUGUAAUCGGCCUCUUAGUCAUUAAAAUAAGGUUCAUAAAGUACAGGUUUCUGAAAAGUUCGUUCAGACUACGAGGUAGAAAAAAAAAGCACAAUUGCAUAUACAAACAAUCGACUCCAACGUUUCUUAGUGCGAUCAGUCCAAUCAUGUUUCAUGCCAAGACAUGUGAGACACAUGAUAUACCAACUAAGUUACGGUAUAUUGAAUACCUUGGGCUUGUAAAGGUCAUGUGGUACCAACAAAAAGUAAGUACGCAGAUAGCAAGAGUUCCGCGUACCUAUACGUGCAUGGUACGAAAACAAAGAAGUACCAUGCAGGCCGUAAUAUUGGCGUACCUCCGGUACGUAAGUACGCGAAUUAUCGCACCCUGGAUUCUUCAUCCACCAGGAUUCAAGAGGUUGUGGUUUUAUCUGCGUUUGUUUCUGUGUCACGAUAACUUUAAAAAAUCAGCGUAUUGAUACAAAAAUUUGUGGAAUUAAUGGACAUUGCCCAAGGACAAAUUGAUUAAAUUUUGGUUAAAUGUCAGGAUGAAAAUUGGAUCAGAAAUUAGCAAAAGUUUGUUUCGCUUUGCCGGGCAGAGUAAACUGAAUGCUUGAUUAGCCCAUUAUAUAAUUUAUGCAUGACACAUAACUUAAUUCCCUAGGGGAGAUAUGCAGUCUUCGUGUACACACGUAAAAACGCACAAGUUGUUACAAGUCUGCAAACAAGUUGUUACAAAUCUGUUCACAAGGUGUCAUUGUAACAAACUUGAUGGCAUUAUCAGACUUGUUACAAGGUUGUUCUAGCAAGUCUGAUACAGUCAUGAUAUAACAAAAAUGUUACAAGGUUGUAACAAUAUUGUUAUAUCAUGACUGUAUCAGACUCUGAUAAUAUCAACAAGGUUGUUACAAGUUGUUAACAGCUUGUUCCAAACUUGUUGUAAUGACAACUUGGGACAAGCAUUGCGAACAGACUUGCUACAAGAUGUGAGAUUUUUACGUGUGUAUAUAGUUGUUCAAUGUAUUCAUAGUACGCUUUUUGAUAUUUUUAAUUUAGGUUUCUUUUUUCUUAUUUCGAACAGAAAACAGGAGAAGAAUUUGCUGCAAAAGUGUUCAAUGCCCAAGGAAUGCGCAGGGAGAACUAUGUGACUGCACGAGAAUUAAAUCUUUUGCAGAAACUGAAAGAUUGUACACAUGAAAACAUCGUCAAAGUUAUUACAAUUGAGAAAGAGGUAGUUUUAAUGUUAUACAAUCGCUUGUUUCGUCUGGACAGAAGGAUAUUGGUCUCGUUUUUUUCCAAACGAGAAAGGAAUGAGACUAAUAUACUCCUGUCCGGACCUUAAUAACAUACACUGUAAAAUCAGAUUAGUUAAAAUAACCAAUUUGGUUGAAUUCAGGUUGUCUCAGACGCAGGCCUCGAAUUUCCCGGAAAUCAAUCGACGGCAAUGGCGUUAAAAAUUGCCGUAGAACGUAACAGCUGUCUAAGGCAAUUGUGGCAGUUUCCACGGCAAUUUUUUCAAAUUACUGUAAUAAAAAUUCAAUUUUAUUGUUAUUUGGAUUGUUGACAAGCUAGGAACAUGUUUACGUAUUUCUUUAGUGUUUUCUUUUCGAAGAAAACUCAGACUAAAAUAGUAGUUUACGCAUGAUUUGAUCAACAUCUGAAUUAAAGUGUCAAAAUAGUAAUGCACAGUGAAUAGUCCAAAAAUUAUACUUCACGGCAAAAAAUUGCCGUCGUUGCCGCAAUGAUCCACGGCAUUUUGUUCUCCCUCUACGGCAAUUGCCGCGAUUGCCGCGAUAAAAUUCGAGCCCUGCUCAGACGCAAUUAUUUCACCAAUAUUUUGUUGAUUAAAAAACCCCAUAAAUUGGGUUAUUUUCAGGGACGCCGGAACUGGGGGGCAGGAGGGGCAGUCGCUCCCGUUGCCUUUUACCAGGAGGGGCAAGGGGGGCAAAGGUGCCCUUUCAAUUUAAAGGAUUGCCUUGGCGAAAUAGCGAAUUGUCAGAAAUGUUAGUGCAAUUCUUUUACGAAUUCGAAUUUGCUUCAGAAAACGCAAGAAAUGCAGUCAUCAAGCUUCAAGAAUAGCACAAUCGCCUGGCGGAGAACCCCCUCACACCCCUAUCAUCCAAUAAAUAGAAAACAUGAUUAGGCGAAGUUCAACUCCCGAUGUUUUGCGAACAUCUCUUAGUAUAUAUCAAUUCAAAAGUGCUCUACAAGUAGCAAUAAGUAUAGGUAAUAGUAUGGUUUUGAGUGCAAUUUGGAAAAAACAUGCACGAGUGAGUUUUUCAAAGACUAUCAAAAUUGCACGAGUCGAAAGGACGAGUGCAAUUUGAAGUUUUCGAGAAACUCGCGAGCGUAUGUUUUUUCAAAUUGCACGAGAAACGAUACUAUCACUUAUUCAUAAUAUACAUGAAAAAUUAUACAGUUACGUGCCUAAGUCACAUUUAGAAAUUAAGAAAAUUAAGAAAUUUGAAAAAUAAAAAAUUAAGAAAAUUAAGGAAUUUGCACGGUAUUUAUUUUUUACACUGUAUUUCAUUGGCACUGUAUUUCAUUGGCACUGUAUUACGAAAAAAUUGCACUGCUCUUAGCCAAUCAGAAUUGAGAAAUUGUUUCAUGUGUAUUAUUAUAAUAAAAAUAAGUAUAGGUAAUCAUGCAAUUAGGCAUUAAUAGUACGGGUGAUGUUUGGAAAUUUUGCCAAAAUUGGACGAGCCGCCGGGGCGGAUAUUCAUCAAGCGUUGGAAAGUCGAAACCAAGUCGACGCUGUGUAUUUGGACUUUGCAAAAGCGUUUGACAAGGUUAGUCAUAAGCUUUUGUUGACUAAAUUUCACAAGUUUGGAAUAAGAGGUGACCUACUAAGUUGGUUUGAAAAUUAUCUCUCCGGCCGCUACCAAAGAGACACUGUUCUGGGUGAGACCUCGGGUACACUCCCUGUACUGUCUGGAGUUCCUCAGGGAUCAAUCUUGGGGACCCUCCUUUUCCUAGCAUAUGUGAACGAUCUUCCACAUUCCAUCUCGGGCGAAUCAACUGUGGCAAUGUUUGCCGAUGAUACCAAGUGCUACCGUCCGGUGAAAGAUUUACCCGAUUGCGAAAGUCUGCAGAAUGAUCUCAAUAAUCUCGUGAACUGGUGUACUACAUGUAUCUGGAAGAUGGACUUAAAUAAGUCUAAAUGCGGAGUAAUGAGCUUCACAAGAAGUCCCAACCAGUCACAACAAAUUAUAAACUACUGGAUAGUUCUCUGAAGCAACUAUGUCAUCAAAAAGACCUUGGGAUUGUUGUCACAAAAUAUCUCAAGUGGACGAAACAGGUUGAAGAUAUAACUUCAAAAGCGAGCUCAAUGCUAGGCUUCAUUCGUCGAACAGCCACCGACACGCAUAACAUCCACGUGCGAAAGGUCUUGUACCUGUCCUUAGUGCGCAGCAAGUUAGGAUAUGCGAGCCAGGUGUGGACACCUCAAACUGUCACCCCCACUUCUCUAAAUAGAACGGGUCCAACGUCGCGCGACCAAAUUCAUCCUUUCCCUUCCUUACAGAAUAGCCACAACAUACAGGGAACGACUACUGGUUGUCGGUAUUCUCCCAGUCUGCUAUUGGCACGAAUUUCUAGACUUAGUUUUUCUUUAAAAGAGUAUUCUAAGCAACGAUGUCAAUGUGUCAAUACGAACAACCACCCGGACGACUAGAAACGCUGACCCUGUCAAUGGUAUUCUUCUUAAUGUAUCUCGAUGCAGGACAGUUAGCUACAAGAACAAUUUCUAUGUGAGAGCGUCUAGCGUAUGGAACAUUCUCCCUAGCAAUAUUCGUGACACUUCAAGAUCAUUAGCUUACUUUAAAAUCUCUUUAUUCAAUUACUACUUAAACCUUUUAGAACAAAUAUACAACCCGGACAAUUCUAGAACAUUUAAGUCCGUGUGCGUCAAAUGCCACUCAACUCGGUCUCUUGAUAGCUUAUUAGUGAGGACAUGUUGUUGACAUUUUAGCAUAAUUUGUUUUAAUGUUAUAUAUUGUAACUUAUUGUGAGGGGCCCCAUAAUUGGAGAUUAUCUCUGUGGCUAGUCCCUGCCCGAAUUGUAUGUAAAUGUUGUAAAGUAUUAGACUUAUUUAUGUCUGUUAUGUUUGGCGAAUCUUGUAAAAUUAAAUUAAAUCAUAUUCUCUCGCCAAAGCCCAGUCCUUCCAUACUUUCAACCAAAAUUUGGUGCUUUUGUUCGUAUUUUAAUUUAGUUCUUUUGUUGAAGCAAAAUUUGGUGCUUUUGUUCGUAUUUUCAUCUAGUCCCUCUAGGGCAAUUUCAUUUCACAUUUGUGUUUAAAAUACCUUUCCGCCAUUUUGUUUGUUUUGGGAAAAUCAUUAAUUGUACUGCAGUGCAAUUAAUGAAAUAAUUGUACUCCUCUCAACCAAUCAGCAUCCAGUAAUUUUGUCAUGCUAAUAAUAAUAAUAAUAAUAAUAACGAUUUAUUGCCAGUGGCUCUUCGCGUACCAAAAUAUACUAAUACAAUUAAAUUAUCUACAGAUUCUACAAACUGUAUAUAACUUGUACUUGCGAAGUUCACGCCCAACUUCCGAACUUGACAACGUAAUUGGCAAGUUCGCGACUUGGGAACAGCGUGUUGAAAAGUUUCCGGAAAUCGACAAUAACCUAUUCGACAGGACAAAGUUUACAUAUAAAAUUACUAUUGUACUACAAGUUAAAACAAAAUAUUUAUAAUUAUGUAACUAUAUACAAAUAAUGUGGGUACAAUUUCAAAGUUUAGGCAAGUCUUGACCAUGCUUUCAAGACUAAGAAAUUAUUGGCCUGCACUUUACCAAAUACUCGGUAGUAUGUAUAGUACAGUUCCUAAUUUCUACAGCUAAAACAUUAAAAAUAUGUGCUGGCUGGUCCUGUACAAUGUGUUCUUAAUUAGAGGAACUUGAAUUUGAGAGCUACUGCUUAUCUAAGAACUCGAGAAUGUUCCGUCACUUACAGUGUUAGGUAAUUUGGCCAGUCAGUGAAUUCACACAAAACAUUCCAAACGACUUCGAACGUUUUAACUGUUGGCGUGGGUAUGAGCCAUGGAAGUCGGAUGUAAAUAACGUAGCAAUUUGAACAACUACGGCGUACUAGAGAAUGCUCCAGGGAAUAUACAUUUUAUAGUCGCCUUUGUCUUAGAGUAAAAUUCCAUUCCUAAUGAUCACGUGAUCACAUCUUAUAUAAUAACUUAUAUAAUAACUACAGUGAAACACGCAAUUUGAUUGGUCAAUAGCCGUGCAGGAUCAGGCUAUCCUGCACGAGGAAUUAAAAUGCCUUCGCCGGAUUCUCAAAAUGCCAUUGUUUCACUGUAGUUAUUUGAUAAAACAAUUACCAAAUAGUUUCCCAAACAGGAUAGCGUGAUCCAUGAACCUGGGAUGUUGCACGGAAAACCAUUCGGCAUUCUUUUAUUCAUUCACGUUGCCGUUGUAUUUGCCAAACUCACCAUUUUCAAAGAGCUAUACUGUUAAUAGUACUUUGAAAUUUUGUAAAUGUUGCUAUCAAAAUGCUAGUACUUUAGACAAAUUCAGUAUCCAAGAAAAGAAAAGCUAGUACCCAAGGCAGCUGGGGGGCCGUAUGGCAGGUCAUUUUUGACUUUAGAAAGCCACUUUUUAAUAAUGGUGCCAGGCGAUACUCGGAAUAUCGGUUUCGAUACGAUACUUUUAUAUAGUAUAGUUAGUUUUUCAUCGAUACCACUAUUUCGAUACGAUAUUCAAUACCGAUACUUUAACUGGUAAGUAAAACGUCGACGACACCAGGAAACCGACAUAACGCCAUAUUGCUUGACGCCAAAUUGCCUUUUGUGCAAAGUUUUUAAUGGUUAGUAUUUUCUUUAGAAAAAAUACGAAGCUCAUGCAAUAAUCAUGGAGUACUGUCAAGGAGGCAGUCUACAUAGCAUGUUGGAAAAACCUGAAAACGCUUUUGGUUUUGAAGAAAGAAAUUUUAAACAAGUGGUCUUUGAUGUUGGUAAGUGAUUGUGAAAAUUUUGAAAUAGCAAAG